CUGGAAACCGGCAUGGCUUGGACGGUGUGAGGAAGGGGGAUCGUAACAUCUCUGUGUAUAGUUUCAAAAAUGAAAAUUACACAAUCACUAUGUUAUCAUUUUGUUUAUUUAUCUUAAGUUAGCUAUGACAUUUUACGACGGUUUGUCCAUAGAUCCUAAACUCAUUCUUUACGCACUGAUAUUUAUCGUGGUGGCCGAUCAUUUGUGGGAAAUAAUUUUAACCAAACGCCAGCUUAUAGUUUGCCAGAACUCCAUUGUCGUCCCCGAGGAGCUGCGCCAUGUUAUAUCUCCGGAGAUUUUCCAUCGGGCCCGUAUUUAUGAACUGCACAAAGCCGAGUUGUUCAUAUGGAAACACUUCAUAGAAGCCGUUAUUAGCGUAGCCGAGUUAGUAUUCGGCUUCUACCCCUUCCUUUGGCAUCUUGCCGCCUUGACCUUGGCCAAGCUGACGUCCAAAGAGAUGUGGAUUAGCAUAGUAUUUGUUUUCUAUCUGACCAUAUAUAUUUGUGUGCGCUAUUUGCCUGUGCUCGCCUACGAAAAGUGCAUUCUGGAGCUGCGCUAUGGUGGUCAGCAGCAUUUUCAACUCUGUCUAUGCUGUCUUGUGGCCGUGUUGGCUGUCGUUCUGUCACAGAUAUUGCUCGCACCUGCAACAUUGCUGAUUGUCUAUUGCGUACAGAAGGCGGGCUACUGGUUCUUCCUGUGGUUCUGGCUGAUUUGGGCUCUCUUUACGCUUAUUCUGGUGUUCUUUCUGCCCUACUGUUGUAUACCUUGUCUGGGGGUCCAGACGCCACUGCGAGAGGGAGCGCUCUACACAGAAGUAAAGCGUGUGUGCGACAUGGCUCGGUUUCCCAUGUCACGUGUCUUCAUUAUUCGGACGAAGACGGUGCAGUACAGUAAUGCGUAUUUCUAUGGUAGCUGCUGUCUGAAACGCAUUGUCAUCUUUGAUACGUUGUUGUUAAACAAAGGCAUGGAUCCUUCCUAUUUGCGGCCGCACGAGAUUGGACGUGGCCUGACCAAUUCACAGGUAGCCGGAGUAGUGGCGCACGAGUUAGGCCACUGGAAGUACGGGCAUUUCUAUAAAGCGACGAUCAUCAUGAAGCUCCACUUUCUGUUCACUAUGGUACUUUUUGGUCUAUUGUUCCAUUGUCCCCAGCUGUAUCAAGCGGUGGGAUUCAUCAGUGGCCUAUGUCCGAUCAUAGUGGGAUUCCUCAUCGUGCUGCGGUUUGCCUUGACCCCGUAUCUAGUAAUUGCAAAUUUUUUGAUGCUUUGGAAUCUGCGACGUUUCGAAUUCGCCGCCGACAAGUAUGCCCAUUCGCUGGGUUAUUCUAUGCAGCUGCGUGCAGCCCUUGUCAAGAUAUAUGCGGACCAUAUGAGCUUUCCGGUCUUCGACAGGUGCUAUGCUCGGUGGCACCACACUCAUCCGACCAUACUGCAAAGGUUGCGUUAUCAGGAGAAGCUGGAUGUGAGGGCGAACUUUAAUGAAAAUAGGGCUAACUUAAAUCAACCUACAAAUUAUUAGUUUUCAAUCCAAGUAGCUAUUUCGUGAAAGAUCUAUUUUAUACUUUUUAAAAUUGUAAAUCAUUACUGUGUAAUUGAAAAUUAGAGGUCAUUCCAAUUACGUUGAAA